AUGGCUAGCAUCGCGGGUAAACGUAUUCAAAAAGAGUUAGCUGAGCUGAUGAAAUCAGAUGAAGCAGCACAGAAUCAGUUGGAAAUAAAACCUUGUAAUGAUGACAUGAUGCAUUUAUGUGGUCUUAUCAAAGGCCCACCGGAUACUCCUUAUACUGGUGCUGAAUUCAAUUUAGACAUUAUAAUCCCUGAGAAUUACCCAUUUGUUCCCCCAAAGGUUAAAUUUAUCACCAAAAUUUGGCAUCCUAAUAUUAGUAGUGCCACUGGUGUAAUUUGCCUUGAUGUACUAAAGGAUCAGUGGGCUGCUGCUAUGUCAUUACGUACUAUACUUUUAUCUAUUCAAGCAUUAUUAGCUUCUCCAGAACCAGAUGAUCCACAAGAUGCAGUUGUUGCUAAUCAAUAUAAAAGUAGCAUAGACGCCUUUAAUCGAACUGCACGUCAUUGGGCAGGCAUUUAUGCUAAUGGACCUGGAUGUGAUCCUCAUUGUGUUGACUUAGUAGAUAAACUUGUUCAAAUGGGUUUUGAUGAGCAUGAAGCUUGUCGUGCAUUGUCCAUGAAGAAUUGGGAUUUAGCAAUGGCAACAGAACAUUUGAUAAAAUGA